AUGCUGAGUGAUCGCAAUGCUGACAACAGAGAUGGCGGUGCAAGCCCACAGCUCCCUCAUUUGAAGCCUUCAACGAAGAUCACCACGGAAAAUCACCCUUUUGGCGAGCUGCUGCGUAGUGAAAGCCUGAAGCAGCAGGCUCAAGAGGAAGAUGAUGAUAUUGGACCAAAAUGCUCCCAGCUUAAGCUAGUAGGCCAGGCAGGCGUACUGCUCCUUCGGCCUGGCGAUAAGAACGAGGAGCUCAGCUUCGCUCCUCAAGAUCCGAUCGCGCUACAGGCUGAGCUCCGCCAAACUAGCCUGCGGACAGACUUUUUCUCCCGGGUGACAACAUCAACGGAAGAUGCUGCAAAGCUCGCUGAUAUUGCAAGUAUGGGUCAAUCGGGUUCAACGUCAAAAACCACACGGCCCUUUCUGGAAAUUCUCAUUCGAGAAAAUGCCACGGGACAACUUCUGAAGGUCGUCGUGCCAGCGGGAGAGGAGGGCCCUGAUAGGUCGAGAUACAGCGUCAAGACACGCGAGAGAGUUCUCGCUGAAGCGUGUCUUCACUACGUCGUCCACGUUUACGAUGCUCAGAUAUCGCUUGUGCAGCCUGGAACCAAGUACGCGAUAUCUCCCAUGGGCGCGAUCAACGACUUCAUCGCCUCCAUAAAUAGUGAUGGCGGUCCACCAUCUUUCCGAAUGCAAGUCCCAAGUGAAGUGUUCACAGUCCAUCAUGUGCUUGCAAAGCGAGUCGUUGAGAUUGUUGAUACCGAGAGACCAGGUAUGACAUUGACGCUCAGCGAAGUACAGGUCCUUGUUAAAGCACCUCUGGGCUCGCAGUCCUACAACUUUCGAGCUUCGGCAUGUUCGGCAAAGGAGAUGAUCGAGGCGCAAAGCUACUGGUGGGAGGUUUGUUGGGAGACGCAUGAUCUGAGCCGAGCCGACGAGCUGCAAGAGCGUGUCAAUGAUACGAUCAUGGAGAUGGACGACAUGGGAAUCAACAAUCGAGGAACUUCCGUUGUCUCAGAAGACUACCGCUCCGACGACGAGAUCGAGGUGCCCGCACAGCCAUUCUGGUAA